UGGAGAGUGAACACAGAGUCAAUAAAAGAAGAAGAAGAAUCAUUGUUACCAACUUAACAAUAGAAGGAAAAAGCAGAGGCAAGGAUGGACAGCGUGCUGGACCCGUUCUCCGGACUGGACUCUUUCUCCUCCCCUCCUUACUUCGACGAUGACGAGUUCUUCACCGACCAUUCGUCGAGGGACGGCCACUUCGACACUGACGACUUUCUGGAUGACGACGUGGACUUCCUCACGAGCCACUUCCAGGACUACUACGGCAAAGAGGGCAGCGGCAGAGCAGCGCCUCACGACGCAGAAGACUAUGACAUCGGGAACCUGUCCUUCUCCUCGUCGUCCUCCACCUUCUCGUACGGCUGCGCAGACAGCACCUCGGAGCUGUCCCCUCACCACGGCGGGCCGAUGAGUAUGAUGAAGCGGAGGAGGAGGAUGAGGUCAGAUAUGGAGAUGCAGCAGCUGAGGCAGGCGGCCAACGUGCGGGAGCGGCGGAGGAUGCAGUCCAUCAAUGACGCGUUCGAGGGGCUCCGCUCGCACAUCCCCACCCUGCCCUACGAGAAGAGGCUCUCCAAGGUGGACACCCUGCGGCUCGCCAUUGGAUACAUCAACUUCCUCGCAGAACUCGUGCAGUCUGAUGUACCCAUUAGAAACUCCAGCAGCGAGGCGCAGGCGCAGCCCAAGAAGGUCAUCAUCUGUCACAGAGGAACAAGAUCUCCUUCUCCUAGUGACCCUGACUAUGGCCUACCUCCCCUGGCCGGUCACUCGCUGUCCUGGUCGGAUGAAAAGCAACUCCGGGAGCAGAACAUCAUCCGCACCGCCAAAGUCUGGACACCGGAGGACCCCCGAAAACUGCACAACAAGCCGGGCCUGACAGACAUCGAAAACGAGCCUCCUUUCGGCCUGGUGGCUUAAAAUGAAAAGACUCUUGUUGUUAAACGCACAUAAUGAAUGUGUCGAUAAUGAAGCGGGUUAUGUUAGUGUGUCUUAGUGUGUGUGUGUUAAUGCGCACUGAGGCGCAUCGUCACAGUGAGGACACCAUGUGAGCUGACUGUACAGUUUCCAAUGUUGAAUUCAAUGUUGUAAAUAGUUUUAUCACGUUGAUAAUUUUAUUUUUUGUAAUUCAGGCAAAUGGCAAUCGUGUAUUUAUUUUUUUCUACGAGUGAUAAUAUAUGUUUUAAUUUAAUGAUUACGAAAUCUAUAUUGUCGUGCAACAUUUUAUAUUUAUACUCACUGCAAAUAAAAAAAAGCACUUACUGAUGAAAAAUUA